AUGACAAGAUUGAAUGUACUUGUAACUGGUGGCAGUGGAUAUAUUGGCUCGCACGUAGUGCUCCAGCUGCUUCUCUCGCAGCGCUACAACGUCGCAGUGAUUGACAACUCAGCCAACUCGCACCCAGAGUCGAUCAAGCGGGUUGAGGAGAUCGCGCAUGCCGAGACGGGCGAGCGUCACAGCGUGCGUCUGUUCCAGGGCGAUCUGAAGCAACGCGGGGAUGUGGAGAAGGUGUUUAACUAUUUCGACGAGCAAGAAGAGAAAAGAGGCGUCUACGGUGUAAUCCACAUCGCAGCUCUCAAAGCCGUCGGUGAGAGUGGGGAAAAGCCACUGGAGUACUACAUGAAUAACAUCAGCGCAUCGCUACAGCUGCUUGAUGUGAUGCGCGCACACAACUGCUUCCGCUUUGUCUACUCCUCCUCAGCUACCGUCUACGGCGAACCUCCAGCGGUGCCUAUCCCAGAGACAUCCCCACUGCAGUCUGAGUCGCCAUACAGUCGCACAAAGGUGUUUUUCGAACAGAUGCUCCGCGAUGUAGCCAACGCGCAGCCGGAUAAAUGGCGUAUUCUCUCCCUUCGCUACUUCAACCCAGCAGGCGCUCACCCCUCUGGUCGUAUCGGUGAGGAUCCCCUAGGAAAACCUAACAAUCUUCUCCCGCUGCUCGCUCAAAUUAGCGUUGGUAGAAGCUACGGUCAGCUCAAGGUGUUCGGUAACGAUUACCCAACGUAUGACGGGACAUGUGUGCGCGAUUACAUCCACGUCAUGGACCUCGCGGCGGGUCAUAUGAACGCACUCGAUGCUCUCGAUAAAGAUGCGGUUUUCCACGACGUAGCUCCAGGGAAGGCGAAAGCGUACAAUCUGGGCACAGGCAAGGGACAGAGUGUUUUGACAAUGAUCGAAAGUAUGCGCAAGGCUAGUGGGUUUGAAUAUCAGUAUGAGAUAGUCGACAGGAGGCCUGGCGAUGUGCCUAAUCUCACGGCUGAUCCCGCUCUGGCUAUCAAGGAACUCGGAUUCAAGACGGUGAGAGGUUUGGAGGAAAUGUGUGCAGAUACGGUGAGAUGGCAAAAGGGCAAUCCAAAUGGAUACAGGUGA